AUGGAAAAUCCCUGUGAAAAGCCCUCAGUAUUAGAUCCAAAUUCAGUAUUGGAUGAUGGAAUUGAAAGCAAGAGUGGCAAGUGCCAGAAAGACAUAAGUGAAAUCCAAAAUGUUAAACCUCAAAAAAUGGAAACACUACUUCAAACAAAUCUUGAUGAAGAUAUAUUAUCUGAAUUGGAAUGUGUAAAGUCCGAUUGUGUUAAAAUGUGUACAAAUAUAAAAAGUAAUCCUGUAACAGGUGUGCCCAAUGAAUUGAGACACGAACGAGUAAAUGGUCUUGUUUCAGUUCCAGAGUUAAAGCCUCAGUCACAUGAAGAUUGUGAUCAUUCGGAUCAAACCACUGAAAGUGCAGAUUCUGGACAUGGAAGUAGUUGUCAUGAUUGUGAAUGUGGUUCAG